GAAAUGCAGAGGUCUCCAAUGCAAACCACACAUAACGAGGACGUUGCAUAGUCUGUUUUUGUUUUUCUAUAUAUAGGCAUUCUUUGUUCUUUUUCAUUUGAAAUAAGCUACAAAAGUGUGUCUUCUUUCUUGAUUAGUUUUAUUAGCUUUGCGUUUUUGGUCUUGUUUUCAAGCCUUAAAUAAGACUGGAUUAGAAAUGUUAUUUUUGGAAUUGAAGCUUACAUGUUCAGCGAGACAACAGCCCUAGAGACCUUCAUUUAAUGAGAUUUGAUAAGUCUGUGCCUAUAUCCUGUGAUAUGGAGGACGGGAUAUAAAGCGGUUAUUCCCAGCUGAUAGAUAUUGACAAGUCUCCACGAUCACCCGCUGCACAUCUGGAAACGUGCAGCCUGGUCCGGAUAAAGGGAAGGCGCAAGCUCGUUUCUGGUAGCGAACUUCGAAACUUCGGUUAAAAAAAACAACCAACAAACUGAAUACGUCAGCGCUUGUAAAGUCCAUAAGAGUCCCCGGUCCUCUGACAUGACACGGGAGGCUUCUCCAACUUAACAUCAGCAUUCAGCUCUCCAGCGUCAUUUGGGGGGGGGGAUUUGUGGACACGGCAGAAACAGACGAGCUGCGUUUGCUGCCGAAAGGAGUGGUCCGAAGUUGCGUGCGUGUGAGAGUGUUUUUAGCGUAGAUGCCCACGAAGCCAGAGAUGAACUGUGGCUCGUUUAUGUGCUGAGCCUCGCUGGACGCGCCGGAAAAGUUCAGCGACUGUGGUUGGAAUCCUCCUCUCACGCAGAGCAGGGAGUGGGAGAGAGGGAGGUAGAGAGAGAGAGAGAACACACCUUGAGGAGUGAAGAUGCCGGUUCCCCCACCCCCACCCCCACCCCCCACCUUGUCUCUGGCAAACACAGAGAAGCCAGUCCUAAGCAAAUCCGACCAGCACGGCAGGAAUGCUCUGCUGUCUGACAUCAGCAAGGGAGCACGACUCAAGAAGACUGUAACCAAUGACCGCAGUGCUCCCAUACUGGAGAAGCCUAAAAGUGGUGGAGGUGGCGGAGUAGGAGGCGGGUCUGGGGGAGGGGGCGGAGUAGGAGGCGGGUUUGGGGGAGGGGGCGGAGUAGGAGGCGGGUCUGGGGGACUCGGUGGGCUGUUUCAGGACAGAAUGCCGAAGCUGCGCUCCAGCAGAGACGCUUUUUCAGAAUCUGGUGGCGCGAGACCUCCCUUCCUCCCUCCUGGUGCCCGUAGUUCUGGUCCAAAGACGUUUGUGGGCGGAGCCAGCUCGGCACCGCGUCUGCCUGGACCUCGUAAUGGCCCGUCUGACCCACCGCGCCCUCGGACGAACCCUCCACGCUCGGAGACACCGGGAGCACUGCCUCCCCCUGUUCCCAGCACCCCACGUCCCCAUCAGAGUGGUCCACAAAGUAGAGGACCUCCCCCUCUGCCCAGUGGGUCCCGCCCCUACAGCUCUACGCCUGCCCCUCCUCCCCAAAACCCUCCAGGAAGACAACCCGCACCCCCACCGGUGCCGGGUGGUUUUGGACGUCCACCUUCCUGUCCCGUGGUACCCCCUCCUGUGCCUCAUUCUGCACGGCCUCCCCUUCCUCCAGCGCCUGCUCGAAUAGAUGACCGGCCCCCGCCGGUUCCCCCUGGCAACCGCCCAUCCUUGCCCCUCCCACGUGACGGCCCGCCUCCUCCCCCCCCCCUUUCGGCCAACAGCAAACCUCCUUCCUUCGUGUCAUCGCGCACGUCUGCAAGCUCCACCCCUCCCCUGCCACCAGGGCGACCAAGCAGACUCAGUGAGGAGCAUACGCCGCGUCUUCCUCAGAGGCACUUGUCACUCGCCUCCCAUGGCCCCGCCCCUCCUCCUGGCCGGUCAGGCCCUCUCCCUCCACCUCCGACUGAAAGACCGCCCCCUUUGGGUUGGAACGCAUCUGGACGAACAGGUCCGCUCCCACCUCCUCUGCCUUCUGGGCGACCGGGGAGUAGCAAUGCAAGGUCACCGGCAGCUCCGCCCCCUCCAAACAGAUUAGCAUCGGAACCUCCCCGUGGCGGCAACAGACCACCCCUCCCGCCAGACAGACCCACUUCUGGAGGACCCCCGGCUCCGCCUCCACCCAUGGGCAACGGUUACCACAGUCAUGGGCAACAUGCAGAUGAGUGGGACUUGCGCUUCAGCUUUCGUCCCGUGUCCGAUUUCCCGCCCCCUGAGCCGUACAUUCCCUGUCAGAAGACCUAUCCCAGCAAACUGGCCAGAAGUGACGGCAGAGGUUCAGGGAAAAAGGAGCGGGGUGCUCCCCCUUUACCCCCCACCCCCAGAUGAAGGGGGUGAACUGGUCGCUCAGGGAAACCACGCCUCUCCGUUCUUCUCUCUCUCCUGCUCUAAACAGUAUUCCCUGCAUGGGGCCUUCCAUGCAGCUUUUUAGACACAUUAGACUUUAUAUUGCGUAGGGUUAGGCGCCGACCCCUGUAUGACUGCAGGGUUGACCCUAACAGCCCACAAAAUGGUGUGGGUGUAGGUGUAAAAAGGGACUCCAUAGAAACAGUUUCAAUAAUGACCAAGUGCCUUCCUUUCAACUUUGCCAUAAGGUGCAUGACCUGUACCACAUCUUGGUUCCAGUCUCCUCUCCCUGUUGCAAUAUGACUGGUCUCACGGUCACGUACCCAAACACGCCUCCAUCUGCACUUACUCCGUCCCACUGUCUUUUUGUUUGCCAGAAACGUUUGCUAUUGAGCGGCUCAAGGAAGCAUCGUAUUGCCUUUUUAAAAAUAAAUAAAUAAAUGUGUGAGUCUGCAAGAUUGUUUGUUUGACUGAAAUAUGAAACGGUAUGAAUACAGCUGCUGCACAGCGUCAGUCUAGUGUCUGCCCACUUCUGGGGGCUCCUGGCUGUACCCCCACUGGUAGAUCCCGUCCGGAGACUGUGUUACCCAGGCUAAUGGACCAACAGUAUGCACUUGGUAUACUACGCUCUUCUUGGCUUUAUCCAGCGCUCCGGACCGGACUUUAAAAUCCAAGUCUUAAAACGGUCGCUGUCAUCUUUGUGACUUUUUUCAGUCCGUGGUAAAGAGGUAAUGAGGGGCAGGGGAGGAGUUUAAGUAGAUGGUUCGGGUUGGAUUAGAGAUCUGCCUUCCACCUCAACAUGUCAGUGGGCGGAGAUGUCUUUUAACGAAGGCCGUGCCCUACAAGACUGUGUGAUGAGAUUGGGCCCUUGAAGAAGAAGCAAAGAAGAUGAUGUUACCACACAGUGCCUAAAACCGGUUUUUGAAGAGAUUAUUUUAGGUGGGUCCUUUUUUAUUUUAUUUUUUUUUAUACUCGUUCAUUUCAGUAUUGAUGUGUGUUGUGUUCAGUUUUUUGCCUUAUAUUCAUAUAUAGAAUUCAUAUACUCCUACAUUAUAAACAGAGGCACUUGAAUAUUUCUUAACUAUAUAGCACCAUGGUUACCCUGCAUACCUUAGUGUAAGUCAAGCCAAAGGCUGUGCGUUGGCAUACACGAUUCAUUGCUUGUGUUUACAGGUCAGUAGCACAGAGUUAACUUUUAAUAUGACUGCAGAGAUGGGGUGAAUAAUUUGCAAGGUUUAGAUUAUGCAAGCUAGUGUGUUCUCAGCUGUAGCUAUCAGCAGUGUGAAAUGAAGCCUGUAUUGUCAUGGGGUGCCACUUUUUGUUUAAUAUCCUCGGUACAUUUGAAUUACCGUGCGGGUUCUGCAAUCUGAUCUACACGCCAUAUAUGUUAAAGCAUUUCCGUGUAUCGGUGACUUGCAUAUCGGCCGAUCUGCACAGAUCUGGGUGAAAGAUUUUACCGUAACACUUGUCGCACCAAUGGGCGUCAAGGAAGCAUGACCUGUGUGAUUAACACAGAACAGAUGCCGUUAAUGGAGUUCCACUAUGCAUUCCAUACUAUUGAAGUCAUGCCUGCUUCUAUGAUGUCAUUGUGAUGUAGGUACUUCCGAAGAUUCUGUGUCAUUGGAGCCAACGAUGGAAUCUGUUGGUUAUACUUUUUCUGCAUUUUUGUCUCUUUGAAUUUUGUGAUACUCAUUUACUUUUUAAAUACAUCUUGUACCUGAUUGUGUGGCAAAUCUGUUGGAAAUGUUUUCUAAAUAAAGCUUGUAUUUUAGAUUUA